GACCACAGAGCUGGUUUGUCGUGCUUUUUCCCGUGACUGGCUGGUGUGUUCGAACGCGCGCAAUUCCAAACGAAGUAAUCAUGUGUCGAGCCUUUUCGAUUCUAGUUUUGGCCAUCGUGGCUGCGAGUGUAGCUCCGCUAAAAGCUGACCAACUAAAAGUGACACUGUUCUACGAGCACCUGUGCCCGGACAGUAUCCGUUGGGUGACCAACGAGCUUAUCCCGAGCUACAACGACCUGAGAGACCAUAUCGACAUCGAGUUCAUUCCAUUCGGAAAGGCCAGGAGCAUCAACGGAGGAGAGUCCUUCGAGUGCCAACAUGGACCCCUGGAAUGCGAAGGAAACAUGGUCCAAUCGUGUGCGCUGAGUAAACUGCCCGAACAGGAUCGUCAGGUUUCGUACGUUGGCUGCCAGAUGAACUUCGAUGCUGACCCACGAGGAUGGGAGUGUGUCUUCCGUUCCGGCGUGGACCUCGUGUCGACUCAAUCCUGUGUCGAGAGUGUGCAGGGAAUUCAAUUGCAGCUGGAAGCCGAACGUCGCACCCAACAGAUUCCGUUGAGCUUCGUUCCGACCAUUGUGUUCAAUGAUCAAUUCGACCAACAACUCACGGAUUCCGCGUACCGCGAUUUCAAGGGAACCGUAUGUCAAGUUCUGAAUAAUGCCAUCGCCGCUUGCAACUAAGUCGUGAGAUAAUAGCAUCA